CACACGUUCACAGAAUGUGUUUCAGCAUACAGACAUUUAAUACUGUUCAAAUCUACCCUGUUAAUAAGCUGUUUGUGUUCAUUUAUGUAGUAGAGGGGUACAGUGAGGACAUUGUGAUUUUAAAUAAUUACAUUAGCGCCAUUGUAAGGCUCUUUUGUUCUCGGGUUCAUUGCCGAAUAUGACGCAGCGUGCUUUGCGUAGAUCACGUGACGCAGUGAGACCGUUGGAGCGCGUCCGUAUAUCUGUUCUCAGACAUUCUACGUUAGUUGCGCAAAAUAAAAACAUUAACAUGAAUUUUCUCAUAAUAUUCUUCUGUUCUUUAUUGAUCCUGUCCGGUGUGUUUGGAGAUACAGAUGAAGUUAAAGUGUCAGUGAAAGAGGGAGAUUCUUUCACACUAAAGAUUAAACCUGACGAUAUAAACAGAGCUACUGAACUGGUGUGGUGGUCCAAUGACACAAAAAUAGCAAAGAUUGAUUUAGAGGUGAAAGAUAGACAACCAAAAUACACUGAUGAGAGAUUCAGAGACAGACUGAAUAUGGAGCAUCAGACUGGAUCUCUCACCAUCACAAACAUCAGAUCUGAAGACUCUGGAGAAUAUAAACUGGAGAUCAAGAGCAGCAGUGAUAUCAAAUACAAGACGUUCAGAGUUUCUGUCAGUGGGACAAUCCCCCUGGAGCAACAUGGAGUAAAGUGCCUUGCUCAAGGACACACUGGUGAACCAGCAACCUUCUGAUUACCAGUACAGCGGUUUAACCCACUAGACCACCAUCUCCACCAGUCUAUCUAUCCAAACUGUGAUAGACUGCGUUAAAAGAUUGUGGAAUACUUUAAAAACAAUGUUCCUUAACGUCAAAUUGCAAAUGCUUUGCAAAUCUCAUCAUCUACAGUGCAUAACAUCAUCAAAAGAUUCAGAAAACUGGAGAAAUCUCUGUGCAUACGGGACAAGGCCGGAGCCCUUCAUUGGAUGCCCGUGGUCUUCAGGCCCUCAGGCGACACUGCAUCACUCAUCGGCAUGAUUGUGUCAAUGACAUCAGGAAUCCUUCCAGAAACCACUGUCAGUAAACACAAUCCGCUGUGCCAUCAGCAGAUGCCAACUAAAGCUCUAUCAUGCCAAAACGAAGCCCUAUGUGAAGAUGGUCCAGAAGCGCCGUCGUGUCCUGUCGGCCAUGACUCAUUUAAAUUGGACUAUUUCAAAGUGGAAUAGUGUUCUAUGGUCAGACGAGGCCAAAUUUGACAUUCUUGUUAGAAAUCACGGACGCUGUGUCCUCCGGGCUAAAGAGGAGGGAGACCUUCCAGCGUGUUAUCAGCCUUCAGAUCAAAAGCAUCUCUGAUGGUAUGGAGGUGCAUAAGUGCAGACGGUAUGGGCAGCUUCUAUGUUUUUAAGGCUCAGUGAACGACGUGUAUUUCAGGGAAGGCCUUGUAUACUUCAGCAGAACAAUGCAAAACCACAUACUGCAGCUCUUACAACAGCAUGACUUCGUCGUAGAAGAGUCAGGGUUCUGAAUUGGUCUGCCUGCAGUCCAGAUAUUUCACCUCUAGAGAACAUUUGGUGCAUCAAUAAACGAAAAAUACGGCAAAGAUGAACACGAACUCUUCAGCAGCUGGAAACCUAUAUAAGGCAAGAAUGGGACCAAAUUCCAAAACUCCUGCAACUCAUGGCCUCAAUGUCCAGACGUCUUCAAACUGUUUUCAGAAGAAAAGGAGAUGCUACACCAUGUGAACAUGCCCCCGUCACAACUAUUUUAAGACCUGUAGCAGGAAUCAAAUUUGAAAUGAGCUCAUUUUGCGCAUACAGUUUUAAUGUUUCUAAUGACUGGAAACAUAUGUAGUAAAUGAAGAUCUUUAUUACAGUGAUAUUCAGACAGAACAUAACUCAUAUGGUAUGUCUCUCUUUGGCCA